GCCCGUCGCGUUGUUUCUGAGAGGGCCGCGGCGGCUACGUCGCUGCUGCUGCUGCUGCUGCAGGAGGAGGCGGCGGCGCGCGCCGGCUGGCUGGCGGGCGGGCGGCGGAUGAGGAGGAGGGAGGAAGAGGCAGGCAGGCAUCGCGGACAUGAUGGCGGCGGCCUCCUCGCGAGCGCUGGUGUCGGCGGCGUCGGCAACGUCCCUGCGUCCGGGGUCCCGGGCGGCGAGAGCCCGGCGGUAACUGGCGGCCGCCGUCAUCGCCGUGCCCUUUCUCUGCCUUCCCCCCGCCGCCCGCCCAGAGACGGACAGGAGGCGGCGGGGUCUCGGGGAUGGCGGCCCCGGGCCCCCUUCAACCGCCGCCUCAGCGGCUGGGCCCGUGGCUGCGGGCCGGCGCGGAGGUGGCGCUGCGGGUGCCCAGCCUUUUCCUCAUCGACGCCAUCUUCAACUCGUCCCCGGUGUUCCCCGGAGACUCCCUGUGGGCCGGCCUCCUGGGGGGGCUGCUGCGGCUGAUGGGUGAGAGACCCUUCCCCCACCCCUCACGAGCACCCCAUUUAAAUGCCUAUCGGUGGGGGGAGAGAAAGGGGUGGGUGGGCCUUCCACCCCCCACCUCCGUCCCAAUUUUACCUCAGUAGGUAUAGAUCACGAGAUCUCAGGGUCGCGGGUUCGAGCACCACGUGGGGCAAACGGUUCCUGCAUUGCAGGGGGUUGGACUAGAUGACCCCCCGGUAGCCCUUCCCACUCUACAGUUCUGUGAUGCAAUUCUGUCAUCCCCUUCCCUUCUUAUAGGCUACUCAGGAGGUGAAGAGGAAGGGUUUUUAUGUAAGGGGGGGAUACAUCUCCAACCCUUUUUUCCGCCACCCCGGAAGAAGCUUCUGUGGUGAACGGUCGCCGUGCCUUCUUCCUUGUGCGGCAACUUUCCUGCUCUCUUACUUUUCAUUGGCGUUGGGGAGAGAAGAGGGCGAUCGCCUACCUGUUUUUCUCGGGCGUGAAUCCUCCCUAAACCACCUCCUCCUUUCCCCUUGAGAGCAUCAAAACUGCACCGGGUUGGUGGUUGUGGUUGUUGUCCUUGUAAAAAGGAUGUUUGCUAAUCCUCGGUUGACCCAUAAGUAAGUGUUGAAACAGCAGCACAUCUUCAGCCAUUUAGAGUUAGGGGUGUGAAGGGCACUUUUGAAGGAUGCUAAAGGGUGAAAAUGUACGUUUAUUGAUCUGGCUGAAAUAGGCUAAACGUUUACUGUAGUCUUUUGCACAGUGAAUGCAUCUCUUUUUCCUAGCUCUGCUUUCCUCACACCCAGAUUUCCAGUGAGACGUGUCCACUUUCUUUUUGUCAUGGCUUCCCAAACCUUUUGCUCCCGCAGACUACUUGGUCUUGGUGGAUCACUUAAUGAUUUUUCUACCUGUUGUCACAGUUGUGACACACUGUGCUAGAUGCUGUCUAUUUUUAAUUGUUUUUUAAUUGCAUUUCUAAGUUUUAUUAUAUCACAGUUUGCAUUGCAUGGUAUGAUUCAGAUUGUAUUCACACAUAAACACAAUAAAAAUACACUUAAGGAUCAAUAUGAAAUUUGUGGAUCACUGUUGGCACACAGACUACAGUUUGGGAAACCCCUAGUUUAUUUAAUGCUGACCCCUGGGUCAGACUUCCUGCUUCCCUUGGAUUGUUAGCUAAGCUACAAUCCUUUAAAUUUCAGUCAAAAUAACUACAGUAUAGGUUUCCCCCCCUAAAAUUAAGAGUAGUGAAAGCUAGUCCCAAGCACUGGAAGUUUUAUAAGAGCCUAGUUUGCUAAACCUUUGCCAGGGACAGCUUGUUGACUGUAAAAUGACCUUUUAUGAUCUUGUCGUGGGCUAAGGUUGCCCAACUGUUAACUAUAACCUCUAGUGUUUCAAUGCCUUCUGCUUUUUUGCAAUAGGCCUGCUGGUAAUUUGGUCAUCAUAUCUUGGUUCAAGCAGAACCAGUUUCCAGUUUGUGCUGGGGUAGCUCAGUGAGUAGAACAUGAGACUCUUAAUUGCAGGGUCGUGGGUUGAAGUCCCACGUUGGGCAAAAGAUUCCUUCAUUGCAGAAGGACUAAAUGACCCUCGUCGUCCCUUCCAACUCUACAAUUCUAUGAUUCUUACCUAAAUAGCAAUUGUCUGUUUAGAACAAUAUUAUUCAGAUAACUAGUCACAUACAGGCAACAAAAUAGAUAUGCAUGGUUUUUGUAUAUGAUAAAACAGUUUGCUUGCUUUUUCCUGCACAGAAGUGCUAUUCGUGCAAGAAAUGUCACAUGAAAUGGUGUGGAAACCAGACUUGAAAACAGUCAUUUAUCUGCUUGCAUGUGAUAAAAAUCUCCCCUAAAUGAUCAGAUAAAUGUGCAGUUGUAAAUACUGUAGAACAAAGUUUGCUUCUCUUUCCCCCUCUUUCAAGUGGUUUUUUAUAUGCCACAAGUAACAUAACUUUGUGAAGAAAAGCAGCUGAUAAUAAUAAGAAUGGCACAUGUAUUUGUGAACUACUAUCUGGUAGAGGAUAUUGCCUGUUAACAACUCAUUUAAUAAUAGCUUUUUAGCAAAACUACUUACCGUAGAUAGCUCCUAAAUGCUAAACAGCUCUUCCUAUCUUCCUCAUUAUUUCAUCUUUAUGUUGCAUUCCAAAUUACAUUCUAAUGAAUUUACCUGUCAGCUCCAAUUUAAUUUAGCACAGAGCUCUAUAAAAGCUUUUACAUAAUUGAGUUUUACUAUAACUAUUAGCCUGACAAGAUCCGCUGAUUUGCUUAGAGCACAUUUAUACUGUAGUGGUGGUGGUGGGGACGGAUGGACUUUUAUGAAACUUGACGUCACAUUUCCUAAGUGAGGCUAAGUUGCAUGGGCAUUGCCUUAGCAGACUUCUGUUUGUGCAGUGGGAUUUCACCUUUCUCUGUUAAAAAUCUGUCCCAGAGGAUCCACCAACUCUGCAGAGAAGAUUUAAAGGGCAUAUGGAGAACUACUAGGGGGAAAGUGAAGUUCGAUCACAUGACCAGAAGUAUGCUUUACUGACACUGGGAGAGCGUACCAUACAGGGUGUAUAGAAACCUAUAUUGCAUAUUACAACCCUUGGUCCUUCAAAUCAUUCUUGGAUUUCUCCAUACCUUCUGAGAUGUUAUUCCCAUUCAUGAGAGUUUUAUAAUCUUACAAAGCAGAAAGGGUUUUAGAAGAUCGAUAGAUAGAUAGACAGAUAAAUAAAUAAAUAAAUAAAAUAAUUAUAUAAAUUAUUGAUCUGUAUAAACAAGUUCUGAGCAGUCUGUGAUGUCUGAUCUCUGAACUAGACAUCAAUGCAGUAUGCAAAUGUGGAAUUGGUUUUCACCCCUGCCUUCCUCCCCAGUUUCCAUAUACAGUACUUUGGUUUGGAGAUUAAACUAUGACAGUUGUGAUAGUGUUACUGGGUAAAUCCUAGUUCUGUUCUGCAAGCUUGAUAUUUGUGUCUGGAACGUGGCCUGAUAGGCAUUAAGCCAGAAUAAUAGGUACAUUGUAGUACAUUGGAAUAACAGCUGAAAGGGUGUUGCAGAGCAUAAUACUCAGGGGGUGUAACCUCAACUGGUGACUCAUCACUUACUAUAGAAACACUAAUAAUAAAAGAGGUGGAAUUCCCUCCCCCCAUAGCAGGGUGAGGCUUUUAAGUGCUGUGUGCUUCAGUUUCCAUGGUCAUAGUUUGUGUGAUAAUGACGAUGAGGGGGUGGUAAAGUUGUAAACAUGUAAUUAAACAUGUCUAUUAUCAUUCCAUUGUGAAGAUGCAUCAAAAUUGAGUGCUUUUAAGCUAAUCUUAUAUAAAUGAGAUCUAUCAGGUCAGUUACUGGAUGAUCUCUGCUAAGGGUAAAAUGAUAAGAUUAAGUGAUUAGGGUCAUUUGAUAACUAUCCUUUCUUGAAAGGAUUAGGGGAUGAGGAGAGUCUAGAAUGGAAGCCCUUGUAUUCCUUCUUUAUCUCAAAUUUUACAUAAGCCACAUUCAUCUUGUUCAUCUGGCUCGCCCUGGGAUUUUCAGAUAAAGGGUGGUAUACAAAUUGCAUAAAUAAAAAAUAAAAAUCUGGAUCAAUGUAGUCUAAAAAAUGGAUGCAGCUUGUAUAGGGGCUCUUUUUUCAAUUUAAAAGCCUUGAUUUAAAAAGAGUAGCCAUAUUAUAAAAGCCCUUUAUGUUUUAGAGAUUUGUAUUGUUCCCCGUUCUUCCUCCUAUAAAUAUUGUGGGACCUUGUGUUUCAGAAAGAAUUAAACUAACACUUUUCUUAAGAUUUUUAAGGAAGUUGAGACAAUCUUAUGCAUGUCUACGCAGAUAUAUUCUUUUCCAUGGGACUUAAUAGCAGGUGCGCAUAACAUUGCAGCAUAAUUUAUUGGAAAGUGUUGAACUAUGAAUUAAUUUGGGGCACCAAUUGAGACUGUUAGUUGUGCUUAAUUCUGCUGAAACUAGUACCAUUUACCUGCAUUAAGCACAUCCCGUUAAUUUCAGGGGGAUUUUUGGAAUGUGACUUCUCUGGAUUGGGACCAUGGUCUGCUAAGCUAAUUGUGGGAAGCUUUGCUUGUGGUAAGAGAUAGAAGCCGAUUGUCCCUAGUACAUUACAAUUUGACUUCCGGGUAUAUCAUAGUCAGGGAGAAGGUUGUGUAUCAUUGAGCUUUCAUAAUAAGUCUUAAACUUGAACUUUAACAUUUGGAUGUAUGUUUGCUUCUUCUAGGAAUCAAUAGGGUGUUCAGAUACUGUGAUUCAUGGGUCAUGUCCAGAUAAGCCCUGGGUUGUCUAAUAUGUUUUCCUCAUAUCUAGUUGCAAUUUUGGUUCAGGGCCAUAACUCUAGUCAAAGGAUAGUGGAAAUAUAUGUGAGUGAUUUACUGAACAGAAAUUUUAAGGAAUUGAUGUAUUAUGAUAGGUCAUAGCAUUUAUUCAUUUGCAGAGAAUUAUUAGAAUUCAUUUCUAUUGCAUAUUUUUGACCAUGUCUCAUAUCCAAUACAGUGGUACCUCUGGUUGCGACGGGAUCUGUUCCGGAGGCCCGUUUGCAACAUGUAAAGAGCGCAACCUGAAGCGCCGUAUCUGUGCAGGUACGCAGCGCAAUUUGGCACUUGUGCGCAUGCGCGGUUUAGCAUUUCUGCGCAUGCGCGAGUGGCGAAACCCAGAAGUAACCCUUUCCGGUACUUCCGGGUUGCCGCGGGACGUAACCUGAAAGAACGUAACAUAAAGCAAACAUAACAUGAGGUAUGACUGUAUCCAGUUCUAGCUAAAAUGUUUUGGCUAGACUUUGGAAGGAUGAUAAAAUCCCAGAAGUGAAAACCUGAUUACUUAGAGUAUGUGUUAUUGCAAUUACGGAGAAGAUUAUCAAGAGACCAGAAUUACUUCAGAUACUCCUCAAACAAAAUGACACCGAUUUAUAUAAUUUUGGAGAGAGAAUGGUAGAGAGUUUGAUUUUCAGAAUGCUAUGGUAGAUUAUCUUCAAGGAGUUAGAUUUUUGUUGGGUUUGUUGAGAUACCGAGAAUAUUUUUUGUAAUUAUAUCGAGCAGUUGUAUGUUGGAGAUACAGAUGGUUUUACAUAAUCUGCACUCACGUAUGAAUAUCCUAAAAUGUACAGUUCUCUCCAUAUCCAGUCAGCUUCACGCUCCCCACCUGAGCAGCCCUCCUCCCACUCCUACUCCUGUGCAAGCAGGAGCGGCAUUGGGGCUCUCUCAGCUGGGAAGGGGGAGCACUUUAAUGGAGCAUCCAUCCCGUUGUUGGCUUUUGCGGGUCAGGGGCUCCUUAAAACUGCAUGGCUGAGGUGAGGGCAGCAGCACGCUCCUCGCUGAUUCAGCUUGAUUCUCUCUCUGCUGGGGCAGAGUGUGAUGGUGGCUUCACCUGUGGUAUAUCGCUGGUGAAACUGCCACCUUGAGUCCCCCUGCCUCCAGCUCCCAGCUAGUUUGUUUCCCCAUUAGCGCCCUGGAGGCUUAGGGACUCAAGCAGCAGCAGUUUCACCAGCGAUAUACCGCUGGCUGAGUGAAGUGGUCUGCGUCCACAUAUUGAUAAUAUUGCCCAGUCCUACUCUGGAUAUAUCUUGAAUGGUUUAAAUUUAUACUGGCAUAUUCCCUUACUCAAAUAUAUGGCUAUAGCUAAGAGAGCUCCUUAUUUGCUGGCCCAUGUGGGAACUGUACAGAUAGAAAAGACAAUUUCCUGAGAGAUAUAAUAUUUAGCAGUUAAUAACUCAGCCAGAGAUCAUUUGGCAGUCCUAUAACCUUUCCCCUUAGAAAACACAUUGAAUAAUCAUGCAGUUGAUAUACAUCUAAAAGGUUAUUUCCCCUUGCUUUAAUUACUAGGAUAGUGGUUCUUGUAUUUUUCAUUGAGAAACUUUUGAUUCAGAAGCCAACAUCAGCUUUCCCCCCUUUUAUUGUGAAGUCAGAAUUGCAUGUCCAAUUACACAUUAUUCAGAACGCUUUGCAGUAAUUUCAUGUCCAAAUACAAAUAUACAGUGUGUAAAGCCGUGUUAGAAGCUGAGAUAUGAAAGCUAGGAGCUAAAUGGCACCUUAAACUUGGUUAUGGGCAUAACAACGGAAUGUCUAGGCACACUUUUUUAAUAACAAGAAUACAAAGCUGAAAAUGAAUGAACUGCAGCUAAAAUAUUACGUUCAUUUUCCACAUGGUCUAGUCCUUCCCCUGCCCACCCACUAAUAUUCUUAAGAGGGUCUCUUCUCCAGUCUUCAGAGAGUGGCUGGAAGUGGGGAGGCAGAAGAAGGUCUUCCUUUAUUUCCACUCUGCAGUUUUAAUCUGAAAUCUUAGGCGCAGAACUGUGCCCAGAGCUCAGAAACUGCUCACACUAAUGAAAUUCCUUGUCACAAAAUGCACCUAGAACAAUGGUAGUUUCAAACACUGGUAUAAAGAAUGUUAACAUUUACAACACAUUUGCAUACUCUGGCUACUCUCACCUCAGUAAAACAGUUAAAAGACAAGCUUCACUUGACUUUUCCUUUGUUUUCCAGGGACUAUAUUUUGAUCCAAAUCCUUGUUUCCGCCAAUCCUUAAAGGAAUGUUGAAUAAAUGUUGUCCUAGUCAAUCCGUCCAAAUAAGUUUAUUCCCUCAAUCCAAUUUGGAAAGAAUAGAAGUAGCGUCUCACUACUUUCCUCUGGGAGGAAUAUAGGUUUGCCGUCUAGUAUGAGUGAAAGGUCACUGUUAUAAACAAGUUAUUUUAAGCCAGAAGAGGAGACACUAACUACUAUAACACUCGAGCCCUUUUUACCCAUUUGCCUUGAAUGCACCAAAGAAUCUUAGUAGGUCCACUGCUUCAUCCCACGUCACAUGACAGGGAAAUCUUUCUGGCCCAUUGGGCAAUAGUUGAAACCCAAUGAAUACUCUAUCUGAAGUUAUCUUGUUGUUUUGAAACCAGGUUCUUUGCUCUUAUGGCUAAUUAGUGGCUCUAAAUCCUUUUUUUAAAAAACCCAUAAUGGAAAAAGUAUAUACUUUGGUUCUUUUAACUAGUAGCGCUGUUCCCCCUGCCAGUGCCACCACCAAUGUUUUCUGGAGUAUAAUCAUAUUGCCUCUCAGCUAAAGAGGAUUCAAGAAAUAAUAAUCACUAUUAGAUUAUAAACAGAUGUGUUAAUUUUCCUUAUGAGUUAGCUUCAGUUCAGUGCACUAAUAACUCAUGUACUUCUCCAAUAAUAAUUACUGUAAGGCAUGACCAAGCUCUUAAUCUGCGUUCAGCAGCCUCUGAUCAUUCUGGUCGCUGCUUCUUGUUUUCCAGAUUGAUUGUAAUGGUCCUUUAAGUGAGGCCUGAAUAACUUGUGACCCAUCCAGCCAAAUAUAGCCCCACAGGGCUCAAGGCAAUCCUGUUAGUAAGCCCCCCAAAGCUACCAGCCUGGAAGCAUUUUUACUUGUGUGCUGUUUACUCAUAAAGGGAGUUGCAGUUCUGACCUUCCUCCAGCUUGACUCUCUGAAAACCUACAGUUCACUCAGGUUCCAUUUCUUAGAGAUGCAGACUAUGUUGUUCCCAGCAUGUUCCCAAUAUACAAGCUGGGGGAAGCUUACUGUCUUGCAGGAGAGGUGGGGAAAUCUGGCGCGUUGACAGCCCCACCCUACUAUUGAGGUGGCAAGAUUACCUUUCCUGGCUUUGUGGAAUUUAUUGUAUUGAUUAAUAUUCUGUGACCUUUUAAUUCUGCCUGUAAUGGGGGGGUGUUGUUUUGUUUGCUUUCAUUUUUAUUAUGUGUUUUCAUUUUGUAUUUUUAUGUUGUGAACUGCCCUGUGAGCUUCACAUGAAGGGCAGUAUGCAAGUAUAGUUAAUAAUAAUAAUAAUAAUAAUAAUAAUAAUACUGAAAUGAGGCAAUGCUGCUCACCACACCCACGCUUAUGAGUAAGGAUGGGGGAUUGCAGGUUCAAACAGGGCUGUGGAGGCAGUAAAACCAUUUUCUUUGGCCAGUACAAAAACAGAGUGAGCUGCUAUAGCAGAAAUAGCAUUCUGCCCCUUCUUCUCCAGCCUACUCACUGACCUGGAGAUAAUUUCAUAGAAUUGUAGAGUUGGAAGGGUUCCCGAGGGUCAUCUAGUCCAACCCCCUGCAAGGCAGGAAUCUCAACUAAAGCAUCCAUGACAGAUGGCCAUCCAACCUCUGCUUAGAAACCUCCAAGAAGAUGAUCUCAGGAUCUGGGUAGGUUCAUGUGGAAAGAGGCGGUCCUUGAAUAUAUUGCAGUCCUGAGCUAUUUAAGGCUUAAUAGGUUAAAACCAGCACUUUGAAUUGGGCCUGAAAAUGAAUUGGUAACCAGUGCAGUCAGACCAGGAUCUGUGUAAUAUGCUCAAACAGUCUCUAAUCCAGCAGUGUCCAAACUUUUUUCAAAGAGGGCCAGAUUUGAUGAAGUGAAGGGCUGUAAGGGCCAGCCAAAGUUGUUGACAUUUUUUUAGGGUUGAAGUUGUUGAGGGUUUUUGGGGUUUUUUUAGGAUUUUACCCCAGGAAAUAAACUGCCACAGGGUUGGAUUAGGCCCCCGAAACGGACUUUGGACAUGCCUGCUCUAAUCAUUUAAUUAAUCACUGAUCUCUUCCAGUCAUGAGCCUUCUUGUCGUCAGAUUAGGCAAGCAGUAUUCAUCAUAAAACCUCAAAUUCUUCAUUGGUAGGGCACAACCUGCAAAUAUUUAUGGGUUUUAUUUUAUUUAUUAAAUUUAUAUACCACCUUUUCUUCCAAGGAGCUCCAGGUGGUGUGCAUGGUUCUUUCUCUCCCCAUUUUGGCAAAAACUGGCAGGAAGUCUUGUGGAGAACCUUAAGCCCAAGGUGUUUUUGGCUACAUAAACCAACUUAGCAAAAAGCAGCACCCAGAUGGUAGAGUGAAACUGCAUGGUAAUGGGGCUUGACUGUUGGCUAUAUUGCUUGUUAACCGUGUCAUUGACACACCUCCAGGUUUUGUAUUAAAACACCACAGGAAAUGCCUGGUUUGCACUCUUAUUGUAUAAGAACAUGCUGCCAUGGGAUUGGAAAAACAAGUGUUUUCAGUGUUUGUGUAAGUGUAACCACUAUGUAAAUCAGUGAUGGGUAUAAUAGGCAGUAACAGGCUGUGAUGUUAAGUACAGUUACAGUGCUGUUUACUCAUCCAUAAAUGGUUGUUUUAUUUCCCUAGACCAUUUCUUACCUUCAUACAAUGUAAUUUUAAAACGCUGAUUGUCAAUGUGCACCUUCAGACAAAGAUGCACCUCCAGAGGCCUUUCCUUGCACCCAAAGGGUUCAGUUCCCCUACUGAAAUUAGGCUAAAAAGAGCAUUUAAUUGUAGCCAGUAAAAAAGGUUGUAGUGUGUUGGGGUCACAGUGUGUGCAUGAUGCCCAUAACAGUUCCAGUCCUCCAAGUUGCUCAUGGGCCCACGAUGGUUGGUGGCCCCUGUUAUAUUCCUGUUGUUUACAUGAUAUAUGUGAAUGCAGUCUGUAUUUAGAAAAAGUUCAGGAUGCCCACCAACAACACAACCUAUAUGCAGACGGGAAAUAGAAUGAAUGAAAUCAAGAUACAGAUAAAUACUAAACGCUAAUGCCGCACAGAGGAUCUUAAGGUCCAUAAAUAGCAACACCCUAGUGGUCCCGGGCCCUAAGGAAGUUAGAUUAGCCUCAACCAGAGCCGGGGCUUUUUCAACACUGGCUCCAGCCUGGUGGAACACUCUGUCUCAUGAGACCAGGGCCCUGCAGGAUCUGAUUUCUUUCUGUAGGGCCUGUAAGACAGAGUUGUUCCACCUGGCCUUUGGCUUGGAGUCAAUUUGAUUCUCUCCCCCCCCCCCUUUCUUUUUUCCUUUCUCCUGUGAUGAGGCUGCAUUUUAAUGUUUUAAUGUUGUAUUUUAAUCUUGUUUUUAAGUUGUAUUCAUUCAACUUGUUUUUAUUAUUGGUUGUUAGCCGCCCUGAGACCGACCUUGGCUGGGGAGGGCGGCGUAUAAAUAAAAUAUUAUUAUUAUUUUUUAAUUUUAUUUUUUUAUUAUUAUUAUUAUCAUCAUCAUCAUCUAGUUUUUACUGAUUUUUUUCUAAGUAUUAAAGCCAUAAAAAACUAAAAGCCCAUCUAGUAACCAAGGCCUCCUUAAAAAGGAAGGUCCUUAUUGCAAAAGACCCUCAGGGAAGGGGUGAAGAACCUUUCUGAGCACCAAAUCCCACAGUCUGGGUGUGAUCACUAAAAAGGCCCCCUCUGGCCCUGGUCAAUAAUGACUUUGGUGUAUAUUGCUCUGUGUUGAUGAUCUCCUACUUGCCGCUAGGAGGUCUGAGCUGCUACAGAGGAACAGCAAUGUAUGUAGAAAUGGUGGCCUAAUUGAUGCUAUCAAACAUGUGAUUAGUUUGCCCUCAUUUCCAUUGUGCUUAUUUGUCCUCAGUAGUUUGGAGCAAGUGAAUAUACAGGCAUACCUCAGAGAUUAUUGAGAGUUGAUUCCAGACCACCGCAAUAAGUGAAUAUUGCAGUAAAGCGAGUUACACAGGUUUUGUUGUUUCCCAGUACAUAUAAAAGUGACGUUUACACUAUACUGUAGUCUAUUAAGCCAGACCCCCCCUGGCUGCAGGGGCGAAAGGGGGAAACCUAGCUCCAGGCCAGAAGAGAGGUGGCGGGGGGCUUCCUUCCCCUGGAAGCGGCCUCGUAAGGAGCAAUAUCUGUCAAGUGCAAUAAAGUGAGGUAUGCCUGUUCAAGAGUUGAUAUUCUGGGCUGUGUGGAAAUUAUUAUUUACUAUGAUUGGAUUAAUUGGAGUACAGCUUCUAUAAAAUUGAACUGUAGAAUUGAAUUUACAGAGAGGGCUGAAAACUUAACAAACAGUCACACUUGUUCAAAGUGCAUGUGCUUUAGAGUCAUUGAGCAAUUGUCAUUUUAGAGUGUGCAGACAACUAACUCUCCUUUCCUCCUCCUUUUAGGUGUCUUUGUAUCCAGUGUUGUUCUGAUUCUGUCACAAAGAUCACUUUUCAAGUUUUAUACGAUCAGCUCCGCUCUUCUGCUAGCCGCAACAUCAGUGAUGGUGAACUAUUACGCUUUUUUGCACAUAAACUUCCACAGUGCCUCUUAUACAACACCUUUUGGAGUUCAGCUCCUUCCUCAUAAAGGACCUUCCUUAGGGAUGGCACUCUCUGUCCUUCAGCUUGCCUUUGGAAUUGGCUACGUUGCACUGUUAAAUAUCCAGUCCAUAUAUUCUCAGCUAAUCAUACUGGAUUUAUUGAUUCCUCUUGUAGGCUUGAUCGUUGAAUUGCCGUUACACAUCAGGCAGAUUUUAGUCUUUACCUCAGGCUUCAUUUUGACAGUAUACACCCUGGUCGUUUUAGUUUAUAAAAUUAAACGGUUCUACUACUCUUCACGGUAUGUCUAUCUUCUUAUAAGGCACAUGUAUCGCAUUUAUGGAUUACAACUGUUGCUGGAAGAUACAUGGAAAAGGAUUCGUUUUCCAUCAGUUUUGCGGGUCUUUUGGCUAACGAGGCUGGCAGCUCAAGCUGUUGUAUUAACAUUCUUCAUCAAAAUGGCAGAAACUGAUCCAGGCAUUAAAUUUUACAUGAUUUCUUGGGACAGUUUUUGGGAGUUAUUUUGCAGCCUUAUUGUCAGCGGGUGUGAUUCUACUUUAACUGUAUUAGGCAUGAGUGCUGUAAUUUCAUCUAUAGCUCACUACCUGGGGCUUGGUAUCUUGGCCUUUAUUGGAUCUACUGAUGAAGACGACAAAAGGCUUGGUUUUGUGGCACCAGUUUUAUUUUUUAUUUUGGCCCUGCAGACUGGUUUAAGUGGGCUUAAGCCAGAAGAGAGACUAGUUCGCUUGAGUCGAAACAUGUGCCUUUUGCUGACCGCAGUCCUGCAUUUUAUCCACGGAAUGACAGACCCUGUCCUAAUGUCUCUGAGUGCCUCCCAUGUGUCCUCAUUUCGCAGACACUUUCCUGUGCUCUUCGUCUCAGCUUGCCUCUUUGUUCUUCCAAUUUUGCUCAGUUACAUGCUUUGGCACCACUAUGCACUAAAUACAUGGCUGUUUGCUGUUACGGCAUUCUGCGUGGAACUCUGCCUGAAGGUUAUUGUUUCUAUCACUGUGUAUGUACUCUUUAUGAUUGAUGGCUACUAUAAUGUCCUAUGGGAAAAGCUUGAUGAUUAUGUCUACUAUGUUCGAUCAACGGGCAAUAUAAUUGAGUUUAUAUUUGGAGUAAUAAUGUUUGGGAAUGGUGCUUACACCAUGGUGUUUGAAUCAGGAAGCAAAAUCCGGGCUUGUAUGAUGUGUCUGCAUGCCUACUUCAACAUCUACCUGCAGGCAAAGAAUGGCUGGAAAACCUUUAUCAAUCGCAGGACAGCUGUUGAGAAAAUCAACUCACUUCCUGAAGUCAAAGGAGAGCGAUUACGUGAAAUCGAUGACGUGUGUGCAAUCUGCUACCACGAGUUUACUACAUCUGCUCGUAUUACUCCAUGUAACCAUUACUUCCAUGCACUUUGCCUUCGGAAAUGGCUCUACAUUCAAGACACUUGUCCAAUGUGCCAUCAAAAAGUUUAUACUGAGGAGAAGGAGAAUCUCAAUCUCUCAAAUAACAAUGGCUUUGUUGCACUCGAUGAAAAUGAACCUGAUGAAAAUCCUUUGCAAGGAGAAGAUGCAGCUGCUGAUAUGGAAAAUGAACUAAAUGAAGAUAAUGACAGUUCUGAGAGUGAGGAGGAAGCAGAGACUGAGAAUUCAAGUCAGUCUGUCACACUGCCCGAAGAACACUCAGAACAGGGAACCUGACUUGGUUUAAAAUGUCAUGUACUGAACACUGUGGGUGGGUGUUAAUAGUGGAGUUCAACUAUGGAAUAAAAGCUUCACUUCAUCAGUGUGUAACUAAGCACAAGAACAGUAUCUCAAAAUGUUGAAUCUGUGAAUGGGGUUGUCAAUUUACUGUGAUGUGCGAUUGUAAAUAUACCUCUUAAUUACUGCUGGUCUCUUUUGCGACCACCUUAAACUUUAUGUACAUUAUUGUACAUGGAAUAAAGUGUUUUCGCAUAUUUUUUAAAACAGUUGAACAAAACACUUCUUAAUUGAUCAAAAAAUUAUAGUGUGCAAGUUGUGUCUAAAAGUUCCCGCACUUUGGUAAACUUAAGCCCAUGGUUUUGGGAUAUAUUGAAAACAAGCCAGUGUCUCAAGGAGUCACCCUUUAAACCAAUUAAAAUAUUGGAUAAGGGUUAACAGAUGUCAGUUAUUUUAAAAUCCUAUCAAAGCAUCGUUUCCAACUUGACAGCAAAAAUUAAAAUUCUAGGUUUGCAUAACUGUUACCAUUCUUGCUACUGUUUUUAUGUUUAUGGGAAGAGAGAAAUGUUGGGGAUGAAGAAACUGUUGUUUUUGCUAAGGGUUGCAUUUCUCUUGGAAGAUAGGUAGUCAGAGGGCCUUGUGCCAUUUUCGGUUCUAUAUGAAUAGUAAGACAUUAUAUUCCAUAUAACAGAGUCAACUGGAUAGUAAAAUAAAUUGAAAUAAAUGCUUGGC